AUGACCACGAACAGCAUUGCUCCUUUCAACACCAUCGCCCUCUUCGGCGCGACUGGCAUGCUGGGGAGCGCCGUCCUCAAAGCUCUCCUCAAUCCACCCGUGGACAAGUACAAACCUACGGUCAUCGCAUUCAUGCGUCCCGGAAAAUCGCUCGACAAGUCCUUGUUGCAGUCCUAUUCACAGCUGAAAUCCGUCGAGGUCGACUAUCCCAAGGGCGGUGCGGCCCUCGUGGACAAACUGCAAGGCGUCGACGCCAUUAUUACUGUUCUGAAUGGCCCUGGCGUUGCAUCGCAAUAUGCUAUUCUCGAUGCAGCCAUAGAGACCGGCGUGCGGCGAUUUUACCCUUCCGAAUAUGGGUUUCAUCAAGCCUACAGAGCACCAGGGGACCCUGGAGCUCGUGUCAUGCCUCUGUGGGACGAGAAGGAGCGUUUUGCGAUCCACCUGAAACUGAAUCCAGCAGUAGAGACAGGAAAGAUAGAAUAUACCUUUAUCGGCGCUGGCGACCUCUAUGAUCAAGUAAAGAUCCCAUUUUCGAGAGUAUUAACACCCACUAAUCUUCUACAGGAGCCAGAGCCCUUCUGGUGCCCUUGGGCCCGAGACCAGGAGUCUUAUGAGGUUCCCGUUGUCGGCGACGGCAACGCACCUGCGGACUGGUCUUGUAUGCAAGAUAUUGCGAACUACGUCGUCGCGUCUCUCAGCAGGCCCGCACUUUCCGCCAACAAACACCUCAACUUUCCGAGCGAGACGCUCUCCCAGAACGCACUCGUUGAGCUGUUCCGCAAGUACGCCAAGGGGCGCAAGGUCAGCGUGCGAUAUUUUUCGGAGCAGGACGCGCACCGCCUCGUUGCGCACCCCGAAGAGGCACCCUCGGAGAUCGCAUCGAACUCGAAUAUCCCCGUCGAUUUCUACUUCGUGGUGAAGAGCAUACAGGGGUCAGGGACGUUCCGCCGGUCGCGGUGGGACUGCCAUUGGGACCUGUUCCCGGAGGUGAAGCGGGCGACUUUCGAGGAGUACAUGAAGGAGCGAUUUGGAGGGUGA